ACUUUUUAGCCGUUGAUAAUGGGUUUUGCCUUGUAAUAGGAUUACGAUUGAUGAUCGUUCGAAUUUCAGUUGGCAGAAUAACUAUUACUUUAUCACCUCUAAUCAAUAAGACAAACGCCAAAUUUAAUGCAGGUAACUUCACAUGCAUUCAAGUUGUAUUCACUCUUAAGAGACGCCUUGGCUACUAUAUGUUCCAUACUUACAUACCCACAUGUCUCAUCGUCAUCAUGUCCUGGAUAUCCUUCUGGAUCAGGGCUGAAGCCGUCCCUGCACGCGUCACAUUAUGUGUCACGUCCUUGCUCACACUUUCAACACAACACGCCCAAUCUCAGAAGUCCCUUCCACCAGUUUCUUACAUCAAAGCCAUCGAUAUCUUCAUGUCUUCCUGUACGGUAUUCGUGUUCGCAUCACUUAUGGAGUAUGCCCUCGUGAACAUCCUUAUGGGAGACGCUGAUGAUGACGGUAGUCAAGAAGAUUCGUGCCUAAAAAAGGUGGUAUCAAACUCAGCUAUAACGACCAAAGUGCAAGUAGGUCCCAACUGCGAAAACACUGUUAUGAGUGCUGAAGAAAGAGAUCAGUUGUCUAAUGGUACCGAAUAUCGAACAUCUUCAACUGCAGGUCGACUAAGUCACAAGCAAGAAUGGGCGCUAAGAGUCGACAAGUUUUCCAGAAUUACCUUUCCUCUUUUAUUUCUGAUAUUAAAUGCAGCGUAUUGGUCUUUCUAUCUAUUUAACGAAUAAUAUUAUACUACACUGCUAUAGCAAUUUAGAAAUGAAACGAAAUGACUAUAUUCGUUUUGCAUACUGUAUAAAUCUAAAACGAAUGGCAAAUGUUUUUUACCGCUAUAAAAAAAAGAAACUUGCUAUCGCCAGAUGAGGAGCCAUGGUAAUGUUCAGCAAAGAUUUUUGUU